AUCAAUAUAAAUUAUAUGUUGGAAAUUGGUGAAAAAAAGGAAGAAUGGUUAUCAUUUUUUUCCACAUACACACCAAGUGUUAUGAUUUGUAGUUUUCGCUUAAUGCAAAUAACAAUGAAUUUGUAUAUAAUAAUGACGGAAAUAUUGCAAUUGAAUAAGGAAAUUUUAGAAUUGGUUGUAACAACAAAAAGUAUAAAGCUAAGUUUUCUUGAAGAAAUGAUAUAUAAUGAAUUGUCGAUAUUUAUGCGAAAAUAUCAAGAUAUCUAUACAAUGAUGGAGUUAUUUAAGAAAUCGUGUUCCAUUUCAUUAUUGGUUUUAUUAAUUAAAUCGUAUGUUAAAAUAUUAUCAGAUAGUUAUUGGACAUAUUGGGUGAUUUAUAAUAAGGAAGAAGUUUAUGAAUUUGCUGAAUAUUCACUAAUAAUACCAACAGCUUUUAAUGUUUUCUUGACUCUAAUCAUUUCGAAAGAAUGUAUGAAUGCAGCUAAAUUAAUACCACAUUCAUUGCAUAGUCUACGUCAUCGUGUUGAAAAUCUUAAACUUUCAUAUAAGAUACAAAAUUUUUCAUUACAAUUAAGACACCAGCAAAUAGUUAUCGAUGCUUUUGGUUGUUUUACAGUCGAUUGUUAUAUUGUUAGUGGCAUUUUAGGCUCUAUUACCACUUACAUGAUAUUUUACAUCGAAUUUAUGCCGAAAUUUAAAAACCUGUAA